AUGGCGGAAGUUGCGGAGGAUGAUGUGGUGGAUGAGGAGGCUGAUGGGGUGGUAGCCAACAUAGUAACGAUAAUGAUUCUUUCCCGGGGAAAGUGUGGUCUCUCCAAAAACAUCACCCACUACCUGGUGGCCAUGGCAACAGCGGACCUCCUGGUCAUCAUCAUUGACCUGAUCCUAAGACAUAUCCCGAUAGCUUUCUGGGAUAAAUUUAUUUUCUUGGAGUCUCUGCCAGUGUGCAAUAUUCAUGCAGUCUUCCUGUUUGCAGCCACGGACUGUUCUGUCUGGUUCACUGUCACUUUUACCCUCGAUCGAUUUGUCAGCAUUUGUUCUCAGAAGCUGAAGAUGAAGUAUUGCACUGAGAGAGUGGCAGCUGCUGUUCUGGGAACUGUGACAACGCUGAGCUGUUUGAAGAAUAUCAGCUGGUAUUUCAUGUUCAGUGGGAAAUACUGGCUUUUGAAUAACCCUUGGUUUUGUAAUGUAGACUAUGAUGUUCUGUUUUCGCAGCUAACGUAUACGCAGCUAGCUUCUACCAAGGACAGUGUAGAGCUCGGGCACAAGGCUUUUGAGUGGCUGGUGUGUCAGAGCCUGACAGACCUCCUUGGCUUAGGGACUGAUUGCUUCCAGGAGAGGAUAGGGUUGGUGAUCUUGGAUCCAGAGGAGGUCACAUACAUUGAGACCCAAGUGAAAGGGGUCAUAGGUCGAUCUGUGGUGUUGGAAUGUGGCCAGUCCCUGCCCACCAUUUACAUCUGGGGUUUCACAAGACCCGGGUCCAGUGGUAUUCGAGCGGUGCUGUACGAUUACGGGAUGGGUGCCAAACUGCAAAGAAUGGCUUCCAUGUUCGGUGAGGUGAAAGUUCUCUCCAACAGUGCGUCAUUGGUCAUAGGCGAUCUUCAGCUGGCAGCUGAGGGCCGCUUCACAUGUCAGAGUUUAUACGACACCGACGAUGGAGCAAAACUCGUGUACGUCUUUGUGGAUUUGUACGUUCUUGUACCAAUUACCAACCCGUCCGUUCAGAUGAGCACCUCGGCACCUGUUGAAGGGUCCACAGUUUCAAUAGUGUGCUCUGUAGAGAAUGGAACCAGGCCCUUGGAGUACAUCUGGAACAGGCAGGAAACUCUGUCCAGGAGCCCUGUCAACAUCUCCGAGACAACCAGCAGCCAGCUUAACCUCACCUCAGUGAACAGGAACCACACCGGCUGGUACACCUGCACCGCGAGGAACGAAGUGAAUGAAGCCACCAGCAACCGAGUCUGGCUCGACGUGAUCUAUGGUCCCGACCAGCCAGCCAUCAACAUAACUCCCUACUCUCUCAACUCAGUGGGUUAUUCAGCCAUUGAACAGGACACGGUCUCUAUGAUCUGUUCAGCCUCUUCCAAUCCACCCAGCCAGUACAUCUGGUUUCACAACAACUCUCAGAUCUAUGCCGGGCAGCAGUUUGUCAUUGAGAGAAUCUCCCGAAGUCAGACUGGAACUUACAUGUGCCUCGCUCACAACACAGUCCUCAACACCAGAACAAAGACUACUAUCGUACUUACUAUCCUGGAUACUGUUAGCGGGGACGACCGACCAGGUGUGAGUCACGGUGGCAGGGCCUCCAGCACUGAGUCUGACCCAGUGGUGCAGAAGCGUGGGACGGAGAAGAGGAGAGCUGUCGUCAUUGGAGACUCUGUAGUCAGGGGAGCAGACAGGAGAUUUUGUGGACGUGAGAAGGACACCCGCAUGGUUUGUUGCCUCCCGGAUGCAAGGGUCCAGGAUGUCUCUGACUGGGUGCACGACAUCCUGGUGCGAGAGGGAAAGCAACCAGAAGUUGUGAUACAUGUUGGGACCAACGACAUAGGCAGGAAGAGGGAUGAGGUCCUGAAGUGUGAGUUUCGGGAACUAGGCAGAAGGCUGAAGAACAGGACCUCAAGGGUGGCGUUCUCAGGAUUGCUGCCAGUGCUACGUGAUAGAGAUGAUCUGCCAGCAGGGAGGCCCAUCUGCACCGUGCUCUCUGUUAAUGAUAAUCAGGAUAUUGCUCUGUGGUGCUCUUGGGAAGGUGGAGACCCGCCAGCGACUCUUCAGUGGGUUAAUAUGGUGAGCGACGGUUUCGAUGCAGAGGGAAGAUCCAGUGUCUCAAGAGUAAUACCGGGCCAGAAGACAUCACACAACAGUACUUAUGCCUGCAAACCAUCUCAUCCAGCCCUGAGGGCAGACUGGUCCUGCAAAACUACUGCACUGUUGCCUGAAGGGAGACCCAAAUGUUCAGCGACUGGUGUGAAAAACUUAGCAUACACUAUGCUGUCAUGUAGUUGGGAAGGAGGCCUACCGCAGGCUACACUGCAGUGGAAAGACUGGAGAAGCAGCUUCUUGGGAAAGGCUGAACGAUCCAUCAACAACCAGGUGCUAAAGUCGAGUCCAACGUACGAUGGCAAGGAGUUCAUCUGCCAAGCAACACAUCCUUUGACCAGAAGUAGGUCCUGCAAUAUCCAACUAGAGGCCCCCGAACUGCUCACCCCGAGAAAUAUUGUAACUGUUUUCGAGGGGAGUGAUGUCCACCUGACCUGCAUUCUUAGAGCCGCCUACCCCUCCUCCGAGAUCACUUGGCACAACAACAGGAACGAAAGCAUUUGGCUAAAACCUAGGAAGUAUCUGCUUCAUCAGGAGGCCUUCUGGUCAAACCUAACUGUUCGGGAGAUAGAUGGAGACAAUGACAAUGGAUCGUAUUGGUGCACAGCGAGCAACGUGGUGGGGAGUUCGACCACUGGCAUCAACCUCCACGUGAAGAAGUAUCCUACUCCGCCGAAUGUCACAAUCAGCAAGCUACUGUACAACCGCCAGCGCACUGAGGUGGUUCUGGAGUGGAUAACCCGAGGCUCUGGAGACUUAACGGGUUUCAUGGUGCAGAGGAGACCAGCAAGACGCUCCUUCGCUGGUUGGGGCGAAACUUUGAGAAGAAACUUUGUGGAGUCUGGCACCGACACACACAUUCCCUGGCAGGUUGUUGCCAAUGCCAUUGACCCUGCAGUUAGAGGUCACAAACUGGGGGGACUGGACCCCACGGUUUUAUAUGCUUUCCGCAUUUUGGCUGUCAAUCACAAGACAACAGGGUAUCCUUCAGAAGUGAAAACUCCAGCUGACCCACCUUUCAGUGCUUUGCCGGCUGUGAUUGGAGCUGCUGUGGUCGGGAUGCUGGUUGCUGUUGCUGGAACCGUUUUGGUGUUUCAAUAUGUUAUGAGGAACCGUGAAAACUUUCCAUGGUUACAUGAUCUGCUGUUUCAACAUGAAUUGCGGGAGCAGAUUAACCAUCCAGAAGAUGCAGAGGCUGCAUUGCCAGCUGAGGGAGAAGGCACUGAGGGCAGCAGGGAACUGACAGAAGAGCCCAGCUCAGGAGCUUCUGGUGAGGAGGCGUCCAGCACACCAGCCAUCAUCGAACCUUUAGCCACCAGUGAGCAAGAAGAUGUUGUAGCAACUGAAGCAGACAGUCCCUGAGGGUGGGGUAGGAACCUGUGGAGUACUUCCUCAAAUUGAAGCCCUGAAAACUUCAGGGGGUCUGAAUGGACACUGAUAAUCUGCUGUUUGACUAAUGUGAAAUCUACGCAUGAGAAAUCCACACCUUGUGAAAUCCAUGGUUGCCGAACAAGUGCUGCCUUACAUCUAGAAAGUCUUCUGUACUUUGCCAUUCAGUGAAGAAUUUCAUGGUCCAUUGUUUUGCUGGGAAGUACAGGCUAGUUCUUAACUUCCCCACCUCCUGCCAUCUCUCCUCCCACCUCAACCCUCCUCCCUCCUCACCCAUUUCCUUCCUCAACCAUCUCACCCCUCCUCCCUUCUCUCUCUCCUCAUGCUCUUCACGCCUCCUUCCUCCUCCCUCCUCAAUCACAAAAUAAUCUG